AUGCAGGGAGUCAAGUUUAUAGAUGUACUGAAGUCGUUUGAAGAGAAAGCCGAUGGAGAGGAUUACAGGAAGAAAAAGAAGGGAUACGAAGAAAGGAAGCUGAUUGAGAACGAUGUGAAGCGCACACAGCUUCUGGGGGUUAGGAGGGUAUCUGAGGAAUCUAGUGUUCUUAAAAUGAUUCUUUUUGACUGUCUGUGCACGAUUCCUGUUGAGUAUGUGCAGGGAAUGAGUGAAAUAGCAUCUGUGUUUGUUCUGCACUAUUUCAGAGACAUUGUUAGGAAGGAGAUUGGAGUGGGAGUGGAUAUGAAAGAAACGAAUGAAUAUGCGGAUAUGGGAGAAGAUGAUGAGGUUGAUGUUUCUGAACGGUUUAUAGAUGCUGGAGAAGACGAGAAGGCGAGGCUUAAGGAGAUGAUGAGGAAGCACGCAGAAGUCAAGGAUGUGCUCAGGACGGUGCUGACGAAUGUGUUUAGAAGGAAGUUUGAGCCUAUAGUAGCUGAUGGAUUCAAGGAGUACAGAAAGAAUAUGAAGGUGUUUGUGGAAAUGAUAAGACGGCGAACUGGGACAAGGAUAUCUGAGAUGGAAUGCUUCCGGUUUAUGGAGAGCAUUCUGACGUUUUUCCUAAGGAAUUUGUCCAAUAUUGAGGAUGUGCACAAGAUGUUUGAGAUAAUUCUUGCAUGUCCGAAUAACUGUCCAUUUGUUCUGCUUGUGCUGUUCUAUGAACAGAUAUCUAGGAAAAAGGCGAUACAGAAGGUUGAUGAUGACCUAUUUGUGAGGGUGAUUGAGACUGAAGAGGAGUUUAUCAGGACACAGAAGAGGAUUGAGGAGGGAAGUAGAGUAUCCAGAAGGAAUAUGCUGGUUGCAGGAGGGAUUGUCAGUGUGGUUGUAGCAAUAGUGAUAUAUGGAGCAAUGAAGAGGGAAGGGUCUAAGGGAUGA